AUGUCAAUGUCCGGCUCGCAGACGUCGUUCGGUUUGUGGAUCAUCAACAAGGCCGGCGGGCUGAUCUACUCGCGGACAUACGCAGACGGCCUCGCCCAGCUAAACUCGAACGACUACCUCAUUCUCGCCUCGACGUUCCACUCGAUUCAUGCCAUCGCGUCGCGGAUAUCGCCUGUGCCCGGCAGCUCGGGCGUGGAAACCAUCGAGGCAGAGACGUUCAAGAUGACCUGCCUUCAAACGCCCACCGGCAUCAAGUUUGUCCUCCUCACGACGCCUUCGCACCCUUCACCCGAGACGGUCCUGCGACGGAUAUACGAGACCUACGCCGACCACCUCAAGGACCCCUUCUACACCGUCGAGAUGCCCAUACGCUCCGAGACGUUCGACAGCAAGAUGCAGGUGGCCGUGAGGGGGGCAUAG